AUGGCGGAUCGUUUCAAAAAUGUUCGUGUACCUGGUCCAAACGACAAUGUCUACAAAGACGAAUGUGUUUAUUCAUUUGAUAAUCCAGAAUCUGAACAUGGUCUUUAUAUUUGUAUGUCGACAUUCCGUGGUGUAGGAAAAGAUCAUUUAGCACGACAUUGUCAAACGAAUCCAGGAAAAAAUGUUUUCUUACAAAUUCUUCGAAGACGAAUACCUGUACCCGUUAAUCCAAAUGUUGAACCAACGAAAGUAACCAAAUUAGCGAUUGGUGUCGAAGGUGGCUUUGACACUAAUCAAUCGAAUCGAUUCACAUUCGAUGAAAAAUACACGAUUUAUAUUCAUCCAGAUGAAACAAUUGCCUAUCCGAAUGAAGUACAACAACUACCUGAUAUUGUCAAACGAGCAGCUGACGCAAUUAUUGCGGCUGAUUCCGCUUUUUUGAAAGAAGAACGUUCGUUAAUGAAUAUAACAUGGAACGGAGAAAUACGGCCAGUAACAAGACAUACAUCAACGUUAGAACAGUUGAAUAACGGAAAAAAAAUUCCACCAAGUGGAUGGAAAUGUCAACAGUGUGAUUUGACAGAUAAUCUAUGGUUGAAUUUAACUGAUGGAGCUAUUUUAUGUGGACGAAAGUUCUAUGAUGGAACUGGAGGAAACAAUCAUGCAAUCGAACAUUACAAAAAGACGAAAUAUCCAUUAGCUGUUAAGCUCGGAACGAUCACUGCCAAAGGUGCUGAUGUGUACUCUUAUGAUGAAGAUGAAAUGGUUGAGGAUAAAAAUCUUGCGAUUCACUUAUCACAUUGGGGCAUCAAUAUGUUAAAAAUGGAGCAAAGCGAUCGAACAAUGGCUGAUUUAGAAAUUGAAUUAAAUCAAAAAUAUGAUGAAGCAUCCGCAAUCGAAGAAGCUAAUUCAAAAUUACAACCUGUCUAUGGACCAGGUUAUACGGGAAUGAGAAAUUUAGGCAAUUCAUGUUAUAUGAAUUCUGUUGUUCAGGUCCUAUUUACUCUCAGUGACUUUCAAGACAAAUAUUAUAAGCAUUGUGAUUUCUAUUUCGAUACAGCGAAGGAUCCUGCUCAUGACUUUAACGCUCAAACAGCGAAAUUAGCAUUUGGCCUUCUAUCUGGACAGUAUUCAAAGCCACUUCCUACUACUAGUGAUCCAACAUUGUAUCCACCGUCAGGUAUUCGUCCUCAAAUGUUUCGAUCAUUGAUUGGACGUGAUCAUGCCGAUUUCGGUACGAAACAACAACAAGAUGCUGCUGAAUUUCUUCAAUAUUACAUUGAGCAAGUGCAUAAUCAUUGUUUGAAAGAUCCAACACCAGAUCCAGCAUUAGAUCCAAGUAUUUGCUUCCAAUUUGAAUUGGAGGAACGAAUCUAUUGUCCAGAUACAAAUCAAGUUCGUUAUAUAGCUCGACCUGAUUCGAUGCUUCGAUUGAAUGUCCCAUUGGAAGCUUCGAGAAAUAUGCACGAAGUUCUUCAAUACAAUGCAACAAAAGAAGAACUAGAAAAACAAGGACAAAAAACAGACGACUUACCAAUUGUACGUCCAAUUGUUCCACUGAAAGAAGCUAUUGCACAUUGGGCUGCACCAGAAGAAAUCCAUGAUUAUAUUUUACCACGUGAUGGUCGUCGAACUACAAUUCGAAAAACGCAAAGAUUUCAAAAUUUUCCAGAUUAUCUCUUCCUUCAAUUGAAGAAAUACACAUUCAAUCCCGACUGGACACCAAAAAAAAUCGAUGUAUCCAUGGAAAUUCCUGAUGAAAUCGAUCUGAAUUCACUGCGCGGAACAGGUUUCCAACAUGGUGAAACAUUGAUGCCAGAAGAGGAUGCAACCACAGGGGCUGCAGCAAGUUCAGGAUCGGCUGUUCAUGUUAAUGAAGUUCUUCUUCAACAACUUGUCGAUAUGGGCUUUUCAACUGAAGGUUGUAAACGUGCGUUGAUCAACACAGGAAACAAUGAUGUUGAAGCUGCAAUGAAUUGGGUAUUCGAACAUCAAUCCGAUCCCGAUUUUGAUACACCUUACCAAGCACCAAGUAAAAAGGCUCGAGUAGAACAAACACCACCAGUUGAUGAAGAAAGUGUGGGAUUAGUUAUGUCCAUGGGCUUUUCACGUUCACAUGCUGUUCGUGCAUUGACAGUAUCGAACAAUAACGUUGAAGCAGCUGUGGAUUGGGCUCUCAAUACACCAGAAGAUAAUUCUGCGUUAAGCACUCUAAUUCAAUCAUUACCUCAGUCAGCACCUGUAGAACAACCGAAAUCACGAUUUCGUGAUGGCACUGGCAAAUAUCGUCUCAUUGCUCUCAUAUCACAUAUUGGCAAACAUCCAUCAUCUGGUCACUAUGUUGCCCAUAUUCUUAAAGAAGGCCGCUGGGUGAUCUUUAAUGAUGAAAAUGUGGCACUCUCCGAACAUCCACCAAAAGAUUUAGCUUAUCUUUAUUUAUAUAAACGUGAAACGGCUUAA